AUGUCUUCACAGCACAGCUCAGGGUCUAAUAGCCCCACCAACCUCCUGGGCUCUCCUUUCUCAGUUAUAAGUCCCACUCUGAACUCACCCCUGGUAUCACCCUCUUUAGGAUUUGGACCUAUCAGCAACUAUCAGCUCGGUUCUUCAGCGUCUGCGUCAGGGAUGCACUCCAUCAGCAGCUCGGAGGAUGUGAAGCCGCCCUUUGGCCUGCGCCCUGGACCUCCUCACAGUCCUGGGAUUAUGAUGUCCCAGAAACGCCUCUGUGUCAUCUGUGGAGACCGUUCCUCUGGCAAGCACUAUGGCGUGUACAGUUGCGAAGGCUGUAAAGGGUUUUUUAAGAGGACCGUGCGCAAAGAUCUGAGCUACACUUGCAGGGAUAACAAAGAGUGCCUGGUAGACAAACGCCAGCGGAACCGAUGCCAAUACUGCCGCUACCAGAAGUGCCUUGCCAUGGGCAUGAAGAGGGAAGCGGUCCAGGAGGAACGCCAGAGGAACCGCGAGCGCGAGGGCGAGUUUGAGUUCAGUAUGUCUGUGAACGAGGAGAUGCCCGUGGAGAAGAUCCUGGAGGCCGAGACCGCGGUGGAACACAAGACGGAGCUUCAUUCAGACGCGGGCUCCUCUCCUCACGAUGCUGUGACCAACAUCUGCCAGACCGCAGAUAAACAGCUGUACGCUCUGGUCGAGUGGGCCAAAAGAAUUCCCCAUUUCUCUGAGCUGCCCCUGGACGACCAGGUCAUUCUUCUUCGCGCAGGGUGGAACGAGCUCCUGAUCGCCUCGUUUUCCCACCGGUCCAUCGCUCUCAAACACGGAGUGGUGUUGACCUCUGAGCUGCAGCGCGACAGUGCGCAGAACGGUGGAGUUGGAGCCAUUUUUGACAGGGAGAGUGUGCAGAGUGCGGAAGUUGGUGCCAUAUUUGACAGAGUUCUCACUGAGCUCGUCAAUAAAAUGAGAGAUAUGCAAAUGGACAAGACGGAGCUGGGCUGCCUCAGGGCGAUUGUCCUCUUCAACCCAGAUGCUAAAGGACUUACCAACACUAGUGAGGUGGAGCUGCUUAGGGAAAAGGUCUAUGCAUCAUUGGAGGCCUACUGCAAACAGAAGUAUCCAGAGCAGCAGGGAAGGUUUGCCAAGCUGCUUCUUCGAUUGCCUGCGCUGCGAUCCAUCGGCUUGAAGUGUUUGGAGCAUCUGUUCUUCUUCAAGCUGAUCGGCGACACACCUAUCGACACUUUCCUCAUGGAAAUGCUUGAAGCUCCCCAUCAGUUGUCUUAG